CGCCCCGCCUCGGGGCGCGGCCAAGCCCGGCCCCGGCCCCGCUCCGGCUCCGCUCCCGCCCCGGGCUGCUCCGCACCGCGCCUGAGCCGGGACCCGGUGUGCGGCACCAAGAUGGCUGUUCUCUCCAAAGAGUACGGCUACGUCAUCCUGACGGGGGCCGCCAGCUUCGUCCUGGUCACGCACCUCGCCAUGAAAGUGGCAAAGGCCCGCAAGAAGUACAACGUGGAGUACCCCACCAUGUACAGCACAGAUCCUGAGCAUGGCCGUAUAUUCAACUGCAUCCAGCGUGCGCACCAGAACACACUGGAAGUUUAUCCCUCCUUCCUGUUCUUCUUAGCCACUGGUGGCAUCUACCAUCCGCGGACUGCCACAGGGCUCGGCGUUGCCUGGAUCAUUGGGCGAAUCCUCUACGCCUACGGCUACUACACAGGAGAGCCAAAAAAUCGAAGGAGAGGGGCCAUCAGUUCCGCUGCACUCAUUGGACUGGCGGGCACAGGCGUGUAUUCAGCUUUCCAGCACCUUGGUUGGAUCUGCCAGGACUAACUGACCAUCGCGGUGGCUCCUUGGGAACCCAAAGGGAUUCUUGUUCUGUUUUCUUGUACAACAUUUCAUUGCCUGUUGGCUGUUUUUCUCCUCAUUCAAUAAAAUGAAGUUGUCAGUUCUGUA